CGCUCUCGGCAAAACAUGGCGCCCGGGUUGUGGAGGGGACACGGCCCAGUUCCGGGUGAGGCGGUGCCGCCGUCGCGGGCUGAUGACGCACGUACCGAGCGAAGGGAGCCCGGGGAUUCCCCGUGUUGUUGUCCUGCGGCCCGCCGGGAUGAGAGGCCGGAGCGCGGCCCAGAGCGGCUGGCGUUGAUGGCGGCUCGUGGGGCGGCCCGCGGCUCCGGGCCGGGCCUGGACGAAUUCACCGUCCCGGCCGAGAAACGCCGCUUCCUGGAGGGCAGCCGGGGCCGCAUUCAGGGCCUGUUCGAGGUGCGGCUGGCCGUCCUGGAGGCGCAGGGGGAUUGGCGGCCCGCACUACCGCCGCCGGGACAGCCGCCGCCCGCAGCCAGGAUCUGGGUGCAGCUGGAGGGCGGCGGGAAGGCCGUGCGGAACGCCAAGGAGUACAUUAAGGGUCUCUGUGAACCUGAACUAGAAGAAAAAGAAUAUUACCCAAAGGACAUGCACUGCAUUUUUGUUGGUGCGCAGAAUGUGUUUCUCAACAGUCUCAUUCAGGAUACCUGCGCUGACAUAACCGUGCUGGAAAUAGGAUUGCUUAGUAUUAAAGGGGGUGCAGAAGCAGUUGUUAUGGCUCAGAGUCAAGUUCAGCAGUUUGUGAAGCUUUUUGAGAAUAAUGAAAGUUUGUCAAGUGAAUAUGAAUCAGAUAUUAAAAAGCAAUUUAGGCAAUUUGUGGAAGCACAUGCAGAUAAAUAUACAAUGGAUUUAUUGAUUUUGCCUAGCUCACUAAAAAGGGAACUCCUAACUCUGAUGCAAACUGAAUGUUGUGAGUCAGGGGAUGAUAUAAUAGAUCUUACAGGGUCCCAAAGCCUAGCAGAGUUCUUACAGGACAAAACCUCCCAAGUCACUGUUACAAGCAGAGAUGGAAAAACAAGGAACGAGGAGGAGAGAAACAAUGCUGGGACUCCUGUAUCUGAGCUUACAAAGCAAAUGGACAACGUGUUUUCUGAUGCUUCUGAAACAACUUUUGUUCCCAUAAAUAUUGUGCCUCCAUUAGAGGCAAUGACAUCUAAAGAAAGACAAUCUUGUAAAAGACGAUUUUCUGAUGCUGAGGAACGUCUCCCUAAAAAGCAGUUCUCUUUGGAAAAUGACCAGGAAGUGAAGGCUAUCUCACGCAAUGAUCCUUCCGAGAGGGAUGCAGUUAUUGAUCUGAUUUCAGAUAGCUGUGGUGACUUAGAUGAUCCCAGUUACUGUAUAAAAGAAGGCGAUGAUAUCAGUGAGGAAAUAGAAUAUAAAAUUCUUGUAAACUUUUUCAGAACGAUGGGAUAUUCACAAAGUAUUGUGGAAAAAGUUAUUGGUAUUCUAGGACAGUCUGUGGAGCCCUUAACGCUGCUGGAAGAAAUUGAAAAAGAAAACUUAAAAUUUCAAAAAGAACAGGAGUGGUCAUCUAAAACACCUGGAACUACAAAUCUACGUUUAGGAAGUAAUGCAAAUAGUUCGCAUAGACUAGAAGACGAGGACAUUUUUUGCAAGAAAAAUCCACUUAAAACCAGUCAUACUUCAAAUGAGACAAGAACAGAACGUCACAAAACCAGAGAUGUGGCAAGUACUCUAGUUGAUGCAGAAGAUAAAAUGCAUGUAUCGGUAUGCAAACCUGUCUCUCCUGGUAGAAGUUCAGGUAUAUGCUGUAAACAAAGAGAUAUUUAUUGUCCUGGUAAGAAUCAUAGUUCAACAUCAAGUGAUACAGAAACUGAUGGUUUUGUACCUCUCAGCCCUACGCAGGCUGGAGCUCCGAAAGAGAUCGAUUUUGUAGCCAGAGGGAGUUCAGAUGUGCGGCGUAACUCGGCGAAGAGUAAAACUGCAGCCCAGCAAAAAUCUGCAAGGCCCUCACAUGUGCAGAAUAGUCAUCCUAUUCCAGAGGAGCGCUUGGGACACUGCAGCUCUUAUCAAGCGAGAUCUCCCAACCAACACACUCCUCAAACAUCAAAUUUUGAAAAUCCCACCCCAGCCCAUGUAUUGGCUUCAGAGAUGCAAAAUCCCGAUAGAGAGAUGGGUGGAUCAUACAGACGUCACAUUGAUCCUUCCAUUACUGGUGUCCAAAGAUUUCUGGAAUCUCUCAAAAAGCCGUACAGACUAGAGUUGAAAAAUGAACCUGGGAAACCAUAUCUAAAACAUAUCAUUAUUGAUGGAAGCAACGUUGCGAUUUCUCAUGGUUUAAGGAAGUUCUUCUCCUGUCGAGGAAUUGCAAUUGCUGUUGACUACUUUUGGAAACGUGGCCACAGAAAUAUUACCGUGUUUGUUCCACAGUGGAGAACAAGGCGUGAUCCUUCCAUUACAGAGCAGGAUUUCUUAACACAGCUGGAAGAUGUUGGAAUAUUGUCUUUAACCCCUUCAAGGAUGGUGUUGGGAGCAAGGAUUGCUUCUCAUGACGACAGAUUUUUAUUACAUCUUGCUGAUAAAACUGGAGGUGUUAUUGUGACUAACGAUAACUUCAGAGAAUUUGUGACAGAAUCAUUUGCCUGGAGAGAAAUUAUUCAGAAAAGGUUGCUCCAGUACACUUUUGCUGGGGAUAUUUUUAUGGUUCCUGAUGAUCCCUUGGGAAGAAAUGGACCUAGAUUAGAUGACUUCCUUCAGAGUGAAGGCGGUUCUAGAGGAUUUCUGUCAGCACAAAAAGCUUUACAGAGCAGAGAGCAAUAUUCUUCUGAGUCACCUUUCUUCAUGCACGUUCCCAGUCCAACCAGCAGCAGUCAACAGCCUAAAAAUCGAGCACAUGGUGAUCGUUCAGCAGCGUGGCUUCCAAUGGAUACAGAUAUGAAGGCUUGUCUGUCAAUUCCACCACAAAGAUCUGCCUCAGAAACAGUACAGCUGAGAGAAGCCCUGAUAAAAAUAUUUCCUGAUUAUGAGCAAAGACAGAAGAUUGAUAAAAUAUUAGUUGAUCAUCCAUUCAUGAGAGAUCUUAAUGCACUGUCUGCCAUGGUGCUUGACUGAAUAUUAUAUGGGGUUUUUAUAUCAAAACUGAUCAGAUUAAAUGUCAGUAUGAGAAAGAAUGUUGCUCGGUCAUGUUACUUUGUGAAUAUUCAGAACCUAAUUUUAUUUGUAUAAACAAACAUAUUUUUAUGUAUGUCCCGUUGCUAAUAGAUGCCAGUUUUUGGUAAAUUAAAAACUGCUGCUACUACA